CGCCAAAUUCUUCACUACAGACAUCACUCUCGCUCCAUGACUUCCUCUAUGGCUUCCACUUCCUGCCCAAAGACCCAACUUCUGUCCGAAGUUGUGGCGGAACGCAUGCCAUUAUAAUGAGUUUUUUUAUCUGGUGGGAGCUUUUACAAGGGUAUAAAAUAAUGUGAAUUUAGUGUAUGUGGAGAUUUUCCCGUUAUCUAAGUUCCCAGUUUCUCUUUCAAUGGCAAGAAAACGGGCUUUUGAUAAGGCGCGCGCCGCGGGCAGCUUCUGCCUCAGCCUGUCUUCCGCGGCCGCGGGAAGACCCGAGAGUCAUUAGAAGCGCAAGAUGGCGACUGCGGCCGAAACCUCGGCUUCAGAACCCGAGGCUGAGUCCAAGGCUGGGCCCAAGGCUGACGGAGAGGAGGAUGAGGUUAAGGCGGCUAGGACAAGGAGGAAGGUGUUAUCGCGGGCUGUGGCCGCUGCGACAUACAAGACCAUGGGGCCAGCGUGGGAUCAGCAGGAGGAAGGCGUGAGCGAGAGCGAUGGGGAUGAGUACGCCAUGGCUUCCUCCGCGGAGAGCUCCCCCGGGGAGUACGAGUGGGAAUAUGACGAAGAGGAGGAGAAAAACCAGCUGGAGAUUGAGAGACUGGAGGAGCAGUUGUCUAUCAACGUCUAUGACUACAACUGCCAUGUGGACUUGAUCAGACUGCUCAGGCUGGAAGGGGAGCUUACCAAGGUGAGGAUGGCCCGCGAGAAGAUGAGUGAAAUCUUUCCCUUGACUGAAGAGCUCUGGCUGGAGUGGCUGCAUGACGAGAUCAGCAUGGCCCAGGAUGGCCUGGACAGAGAGCAUGUGUAUGACCUCUUUGAGAAAGCCGUGAAGGAUUACAUUUGUCCUAACAUUUGGCUAGAGUAUGGCCAGUACUCAGUUGGUGGGAUUGGUCAGAAAGGUGGCCUUGAGAAAGUUCGCUCCGUGUUUGAAAGGGCUCUCUCGUCUGUUGGUUUACAUAUGACCAAAGGACUCGCCCUCUGGGAGGCUUACCGAGAGUUUGAAAGUGCGAUUGUGGAAGCUGCUCGGCCCGUAGCUGGCUUCCUUUCCCCUUUUGACCGGGAACAAACCUUUGAUUCACAGCUUGAGAAAGUCCACAGUCUUUUCCGGCGACAGUUGGCGAUCCCACUCUAUGAUAUGGAGGCCACAUUUGCAGAGUAUGAAGAAUGGUCAGAAGACCCAAUACCAGAGUCAGUAAUUCAGAACUAUAACAAAGCACUACAGCAGCUGGAGAAAUAUAAACCCUAUGAAGAAGCACUGUUGCAGGCAGAGGCACCAAGGCUGGCAGAAUAUCAAGCAUAUAUCGAUUUUGAGAUGAAAAUUGGCGAUCCUGCUCGCAUUCAGUUGAUCUUUGAGCGCGCCCUGGUCGAGAACUGCCUUGUCCCAGACUUAUGGAUCCGUUACAGUCAGUACCUAGAUCGACAACUGAAAGUAAAGGAUUUGGUUUUAUCUGUACAUAACCGCGCUAUUAGAAACUGCCCCUGGACAGUUGCCUUAUGGAGUCGGUACCUCUUGGCCAUGGAGAGACAUGGAGUUGAUCAUCAAGUAAUUUCUGUAACCUUCGAGAAAGCUUUGAAUGCCGGCUUCAUCCAGGCCACUGAUUAUGUGGAGAUUUGGCAGGCAUACCUUGAUUACCUGAGGAGAAGGGUUGAUUUCAAACAAGACUCCAGUAAAGAGCUGGAGGAGUUGAGGGCCGCCUUUACUCGUGCCUUGGAGUAUCUGAAGCAGGAGGUGGAAGAGCGUUUCAAUGAGAGUGGUGAUCCAAGCUGCGUGAUUAUGCAGAACUGGGCUAGGAUUGAGGCUCGACUGUGCAAUAACAUGCAGAAAGCUCGGGAACUCUGGGAUAGCAUCAUGACCAGAGGAAAUGCCAAGUACGCCAACAUGUGGCUAGAGUAUUACAACCUGGAAAGAGCGCAUGGUGACACCCAGCACUGCCGGAAGGCUCUGCACCGGGCCGUCCAGUGCACCAGUGACUACCCAGAGCACGUCUGCGAAGUGUUACUCACCAUGGAGAGGACAGAAGGUUCUUUAGAAGAUUGGGAUAUAGCUGUUCAGAAAACUGAAACCCGAUUAGCUCGUGUCAAUGAGCAGAGAAUGAAGGCUGCAGAGAAGGAAGCAGCCCUUGUGCAGCAAGAAGAAGAAAAGGCUGAACAACGGAAAAGAGCUCGGGCCGAGAAGAAAGCGUUAAAAAAGAAGAAAAAGAUCAGAGGCCCAGAGAAACGCGGAGCAGAUGAGGACGAUGAGAAAGAGUGGGGCGAUGAUGAAGAAGAGCAGCCUUCCAAACGCAGAAGGGUCGAGAACAGCAUCCCUGCAGCUGGAGAAACACAAAAUGUAGAAGUAGCAGCAGGGCCCGCUGGGAAAUGUGCUGCUGUAGAUGUGGAGCCCCCUUCGAAGCAGAAGGAGAAGGCAGCCUCCCUGAAGAGGGACAUGCCCAAGGUGCUGCACGACAGCAGCAAGGACAGCAUCACCGUCUUUGUCAGCAACCUGCCCUACAGCAUGCAGGAGCCGGACGCGAAGCUCAGGCCACUCUUCGAGGCCUGUGGGGAGGUGGUCCAGAUCCGACCCAUCUUCAGCAACCGUGGGGAUUUCCGAGGCUACUGCUAUGUGGAGUUUAAAGAAGAGAAAUCAGCCCUUCAGGCACUGGAGAUGGACCGGAAAAGUGUAGAAGGGAGGCCAAUGUUUGUUUCCCCCUGUGUGGAUAAGAGCAAAAACCCCGAUUUUAAGGUGUUCAGGUACAGCACUUCCCUAGAGAAACACAAGCUGUUCAUCUCAGGCCUGCCUUUCUCCUGUACUAAAGAGGAACUAGAAGAAAUCUGUAAGGCUCAUGGCACCGUGAAGGACCUCAGGCUGGUCACCAACCGGGCUGGCAAACCAAAGGGCCUGGCCUACGUGGAGUAUGAAAAUGAAUCCCAGGCAUCGCAGGCUGUGAUGAAGAUGGACGGCAUGACUAUCAAAGAGAACAUCAUCAAAGUGGCAAUCAGCAACCCUCCUCAGAGGAAAGUUCCAGAGAAGCCGGAGACCAGGAAGGCACCAGGUGGCCCCAUGCUUUUGCCGCAGACAUACGGAGCGAGGGGGAAGGGAAGGACGCAGCUGUCUCUACUGCCUCGUGCCCUGCAGCGCCCAAGUGCUGCAGCUCCUCAGGCUGAGAACGGCCCUGCCGCAGCUCCUGCAGUUGCCGCCCCAGCAGCCACCGAGGCACCCAAGAUGUCCAAUGCCGAUUUUGCCAAGCUGUUUCUGAGAAAGUGAACGGGACGCUGGGAGACAGGAAAUGCCUUACUUCACUCUGGCCCGGCGGACCUCCCACCACCCAGCAGUGCACUGGGGAUGGACAGGCCUGGUGUGCUGCCUGCUCGCAACCACAGAUGGCUCCUCGGCUUUAGACAGAAAGGGGAAUGGGUUCUAAGUCAAGAGCCUUUCAGUGCUCCCUCAUAUUGAGGGCAGUGGCAGAAAAGUGACCACUCUGCAGGCUGGGCCCAGGAUGUGGUGUCCUGAGAUAGUUUUGUAUCUUAAAGACUGAGGCACAGAAGUGAAACGAGAACACACUGUUUUUGAGACACAGUUGUCCAAAUGUUUCUGGCCAGCUCCGGCCCCUUUUUGUAUGACACUUCUCUUCCACCCUGCACAGCACAUGUGCCCGUCAUUCUUUUAAUUUUAAAAGAUGAAAUGGCAGAUGCUAGUAAUUCACAGAAUGGCCUCUUGUGGGGGUGGGUCUGAGGGAAGUCAGCUAUAAAACAUUUGCUGGAGUUUUGUUCAAUGGGGCUGUGCAUUUUUAUAUUAUGUGUUUGUAAAUGACAUGUCAGCCAUUGUUUCAUGUUUCCUAAAAGCAGAAUAUUUGCAACAUUUGUUUUGUAUAGGAAUUAUUUGUGCCACCUGCUGUGGACUGUUUUCUUUGCCUAGUGACUAGUGACCUGUGUUGUCUAAACAUGAGUUUCAGCCCUUUGGUUUUGUUUAAUACCAUGUCAAAUGCAAACUUCAAUUCUCCCCAUUUAGCUUUAUUAAACUGACGUUCUCUUCAAAACUUCUUGCUGAAUGGUACUCAGAUGUGCAUUCACAUACAGAUGUGUUUUGAAGUGGGUGUACCUUGCUUUACCUAAUAGAUGUGUAAAUAGAACUUUUGUAAGUCAAAUCCCAUUGUCACUUUGAUUUAAAUUAUUCCAGCUGUGAUGUGUCUUCAUUUUAUAGCAGUUUGACAUUGGAGCUUUUGAGCUUUUUUACCUCACAUCUUUUAUCAAAUAAUAUUUACUGCUUUGAAAACAGCAUUGGCCAGUUCAGUAGGGGAAGCUUGCUUUAUUAAGACACUCGAGAAAGACGUCAGGGAAUCCUUGUAUAUGUCAUGGGAAUCAACUCCUCAUUUAUCUGUUGUGUAAGUUUAAGUUUUUGUGCAUCAGUCGGGUUUUCUGUAUUUUUUUAACCUAACAUUUUUUAAUAUAACCGAUUAAAAAGUAGACAGAACAGUAAAAUAAACUCCUGUGUGCCUACCA